AAUCGACAAUUAUUUUUCGUAGUAAACAUUUUUCGAGGUCAGGGUUCAGUAGGUCACUGACCGUCUUGCAUCACCGGCAUUGUAAAUAAACCCGUCUCGAUUCACGUUGCGCUGUGCCGUGCCAGGCUCACCUGUCCUAGAUUUGUCAAGCCUUAUCGCUAACAAUGUGCAUUUAUAAUGAGCAUGCCACGGUCGCUAUCAUGCCAUAGUCGCUCGUGAUAGUUGCUGAACGGGUCAUGCUGGUGUCUGUUUCGCAAGAUCGUAAGGCUGCUGUUUCAUGUUUCACUUCUCAGUCGCGAAUAUAUCCCGUUUCUGCAUCCCGUGACAGAUGACGGACUGCUAGAUCAGCGCGGUCUGCAUCGAUCCGGGGAGCGACAACCUGACGUUAGCCGACCCGCAGUAGCCGCUGACCACGGAGAACGGCUUUUCAGCUGCUGUAAAUAUAAGAAUAUCUCUUAAUGCGAACAAUCAUGGCGCUUGUCAAUCACAACCACACAUCGCCAAAUGUGACAACUUUAUUGCAACCAGAACAGAUGCAGACUAUCACCUACAUCGACAUGGUAACCACCAGUCUCAGCAUCAUUGGUGCAAGCUCCAUCAUCAUUUAUUCCUACUGCAAGAGAAAGGUGUGCCAGCCAGAGGUCCACCCACUGUUCCACCUGGCCUGUGCAGACUUGCUGGCAUCACUGUUCCUGUUAAUAGGGGUCGUCAUCUUUAACCUCUCUUAUGUUACCAUGGAGAUAUAUGAGCAGCAUUGUCACUACUUCUCAGCAUUUGCAUCUAGUUUCUUUGUGACGACAUUUCUGCUGACCAUCACCUACUCCCUGGAGGUGUUCCUGAGGAUGAGGGACCGUGCCAUCAGGUCCAGCACCAGACAACCGGGUACAGGCAACUUCCCUUUAGUCUACCUGCUUUACAUCAUCUCAUGGCUGGGUCCCCUUCUUGUACAGUCCACCAUUCUCAUCACCACCAGUAUGGAGCCUCCCAUGGGGGACAUCGUCCCCUCUCCUAACUCAUCCCUGGUCAGCUGUACGAGGUGUUUGCCGCUGUACCAUUUCAAGAAUGACAAGUGCAUGCCGACUCCUUCAAAGGGACAACAGUGGAUGUUGGACCUGGAUGUGUCAGCCAAGUUAAUCUUCAUCCUUCUUCUCAUUCUCACCAUUGUAAUUACAACGAUUGUUUAUCUGCUUGCUGUUGCUGCCUUCCAGAUGAGACACAGAAGAGCAGGAAUGCGAGGCAGGAGAGAGUACGAGGAUGAGCGCAGUGUGAGACGGAGAGCUGCUCUCUACCUGCUGGUCUUCUGCUUCUGCUGGCUGCCCACUCUAGUGCUUGGUAUCCUGUCACUGUGUGAUGGCUUUGUGAUGAAGAAGUACUAUGCUCUUUACAUUAUUCAGGCCUGUACUGCCCCCUUGCAGGGCUUCCUGAACUGCAUUGUGUAUGGAUGGAGAAGAAAGGAGUUCAGACAAGUAAAACCUUUACCUGUGGCAGUGCUAGCGGAGCAGUCAGGCCUUCUGGACAGUAACAGGAACAACUAUCGGACAUUUGCCACAACUAUGGCAUAAUGUAUGGUGAAGAGUGGUAGAGGUCUGUCUUUGUUGUACGCACAAGUAAAACAAGUUUGUUGGGAACAGUAUCAAGCAUUUUACCUUUCCCUGGGUAUGAAAUAUUUUAAAAUCUGACUUUUUGUUAUGCAAAUGUAUUUAAGUUAUAGAUAUAUGUAUGGGACCCCAUAUGGUGAGCUGCAUUGUUACAAAAUGUCAUAAAUGUAUAUUUCAUCAGAAUGAUGUUGCCACAUAGUAUGUACAUGUAUCUGUCCUCCACUGUAUAUAUUCAAUGUUAUGAAUAUUUGAUCGGACAUGUAUCCAUUAUUUUCCCUCUGGUAAAACAUUAAAUGUUUUGUUGCCGCCUGUAAGAAGAUGCACAAAUAGAGAGAUAGAAUAACUGUAUUACAGUCUAUUAUUAUAGCAUACAGUUCACUGGAAAUGGGACAAAGAAAUUCAGUAUAUGUAUGGCAACUACUUUUCCUAAUAAUAUCUCUGGGAGACUGAUUCAUUGAUAUACAGAAUAGUAUGAGUAAUAUGUUAUGUGUGAUGAAUAUAGGGUAGAUGUUAGACAAAUGUUAGACAUUGAAGUUGUUUGAUGUAGGAACAGUGGUGGUUGUCAGAGUUUGAUCAUCAAUGUCAAAGCAGUAUCACACAAGGUGUGGUGAAAUGCCUGAUGUAAAAGUUACAACAUUUAUAAUAUAUUAGCAUAUCAAAUGUGAUAUAGAAAGGUAUCAGGAAACUGCAGUGCAGUAUAAGAACUAGAAACUUCGUGAGAAAUGAUUUUUGAUUAAAAAAUGAUAUGUAAUGGUAAGCUAUUUAUAUAUAAGACCUAGGGUGAGGUUGUGUUGUGCAAUACUGUCUUAAGAUGUGUAAACUUUCAAUGCCAGUAGUAUUUUAAGAAAUACACUUUGGAUCUUGAAAAAAAGAUCAGAACAUUGUACUCCGGACUAUGAAAGUGGAGAAAAAUGCAAAAAUGUACCUAAAUUAAAAAAUUAUAGUAAAUAUAUAAAUCCAAAUGAUAUUGUAUAUAACGUUAAUAUAUAAUGAGAAAUAUAUAAUAAUGUGUCUUGUGAAAAUACCUCAGUGAUUGUUGAUUCCAAAAUAACAACGCUUCAACCUACAUAAAUAAUUUCUUUAGAUGAGAAGUAUGUAGCUCAUGCCAAGGAGGUCUUUUUUAACCUCCUUGCUCAUGCUGACUGUUUUUAAGCCUUUUUUAUUUUACAUGAGCAGUACAGGCAGUAGAAGUUGAAUAUGUAACGUUAAUUUGGAUACAAAAUGAGAUUUUAACUUCGGGAAGUGGUAUUAUAUUGUAACCUAUCCCACAUAUUGUGUUGGCUACAUGACAAACACAAAUUCUGACUAGACUGUCAAUCGCACAAUUAUCAGUUCAACCAAGCAGAGAAUGGCAGUUAGCAGGUUGGCCAAUGAGAGAAUGGCUGCAUAUCUGUCCAAUACUGGCACUUUUUGUGUUUUUAUUUUGCAUUGCUACAUUUUGAUGGAAGUGGGAUUGUCUAUGGGAUCUGUCUAUUGUUACUCCCGAUCAUUGUGCUAAUUUAUUUGUAUCAAUGAGAUACAGUUAGGUUUGCAGUUGUAACAUAGUAUGUAUCAAAUGUACUGCUGAUUGUUUUCUUUAUGUAUGUUUGGCGAAGAGAGUACUACCUCAUGUGGUAGACCAAUAAAAUACUUUCAACGUGUUUC